UACUUAUGUCUACAAGCAUGGCGAAUUUUGUGGAGGUUACAUCUUCGCAGCAAUUUGAGGACUUGUUAAAAAAGACCGGCAAGUCACUGACAGUGGUUCAUUUCUCUGCGGCAUGGGCCCCACAGUGUACCCAAAUGAACGAUGUGAUGGCCGAGCUGGCAAAGGACCAACCCCAGGUGACGUUUAUCAAGCUGGAGGCCGAAGCUGUGCCUGAGGUGUCAGAGAAAUAUGAAAUCAGUUCUGUCCCCACCUUCCUCUUCUUCAAGAGCUGCGAGAAGAUUGACAGGCUGGACGGUGCGCACGCCCCUGAGCUGACCAAGAAGGUCCAGAGGCUGGCGUCCAGCGCGGCCGUCCUGGCUGGAGGGGCGGAACCCCCGAAAGAGGCCCUUAACGAGCGGCUGAAGAAGCUGAUCAAUGCCGCGCCCUGCAUGCUUUUCAUGAAGGGGUCCCCACAGGAGCCCCGCUGCGGUUUCAGCCGGCAGAUCGUGCAGAUCCUGAAGGACCACAGCAUCCAGUACAGCAGCUUCGACAUCCUCUCUGACGAGGAGGUGCGGCAGGGGCUCAAGACCUACUCCAACUGGCCCACAUACCCCCAGGUGUACGUCAACGGCGAGCUGGUGGGGGGUCUGGACAUCGUCAAGGAGCUGGCCGAGUCUGGGGAGCUGGAGAACACCUGCCCGAAGGCGGUAACGCUAGAGCACAGGCUGAAAUCCAUUAUCAACAGAAGUUCUGUCAUGCUUUUCAUGAAAGGCAACAAAGAGGUGGCCAAAUGCGGAUUCAGCCGUCAGAUAAUUGAGGUGAUGAACAGCACAGGGGUGGAUUAUGACACAUUUGAUAUACUUCAAGAUGAGGAGGUUCGACAAGGGCUGAAAACAUAUUCCAACUGGCCGACAUACCCUCAGCUGUACGUGAAAGGGGAGCUCAUUGGUGGACUGGACAUAGUGAAGGAACUGAAAGAGAGUGGAGAACUCCAGUCUGUCUUGAAAGGUGAAAGCUAGUAGCCAGCAGCGACGCUAAAGGGACUGGGAACAAUUCGCACUGCAGAAAUGAUGAGAAUCUCUCUCCGCUUGAACCAUUAGGGUCUGAAAGGAAGAGUCAGGAUGAGUUAAAACUUAAAAACUGGCCAUUUCUUUUUUUUUUUUUUUGGACAUACAAGCAGGCUGUGUCGUUGUCCGCACAGGGGUAUGUUCAGAGUCCAAACUGAUGGUGCACCUCAUGCUCCAAUCAAAAUAAAAUCGUCCAUGUGAUAUUA